UCCACAUCGAAGUCCACACAUAAUAAGGCGAGCUGUUCCAUAUUCUCGCGAGGCAGCGAAUGGCAGCUACCCGUGGAACUGACCGUCAUAGCUGAUUGUGCAUGCAUUGAAGCUUUGGCGGACAACUAUUGAUGACUGUAUCUCUCAUCAUGCAUGCGGAAGAGGGUCUACAAUGGUUCCGUCUCUGGUUUCGAUACCUCAAAUCGACCGAGCUCUUUUUUUGGACGGCUUGGCACGAGGCAGCGGGUAUUUCUCUCUUGUUGCGCGACUCAACUUUGUCAGCCGCUCAAUCUCGAUCUUGAGAGUGGUCGGAAAUUUCUUCUUCAAGUCUUGCCUCGAGUAUCGCCGGAGAAUCCCCAAGCCGUUCCCGUCGGUCACCCGUGAGAACACCACAAGCUGGCCGAGACAAAUGUUUGUGUUGCUGACCCAUGCGGCUGGCCUCAGAUCGAUAAUCAGGCGCUCUUUUAUUGUAGACUGCAGCUUCCAGAAGGUCAAUGCGCUGGCGCUGAUUAUCUACAGCUGCGUCCGUCGGACGUUAUAUUUGUGCUUCGGAAUUAGCUUCUCCUCGUCUGGUGACGCGGGGAUUUGUGAGGGCAUCUCGAUAGUGAAGGUGUCGGUGUGAAGAAAGACCGACAUGAGAGGCUUUCCGGACGGCGAAAACGGCACGCCGUCGAUAGGAGCGUGGUCCGCCUUCUCCACGUCCAUGAAGACGCACAGCGGCAGCUCGGUCGCGACAAUGAUGUCGACCGGCCGGUCGGACACUGUUGCUGUGUGCUUGGAGAAGAAUGCGGAGGGACUGAAAGCGGCCGAGUGGAAGGUCGCCUGGCUUCCAUUGUUGAUGUCCAGCUCUGUCGCAUCAUUGCACGUGAGCAAGUACUGCUGAUCUCGGAUGAGGGCCAAAAUCUGCGGCAUGUUGCCGGUCUUGAUCUCAAAAAUCAUGGACAGGUGCCUGUGGAGCUCGCGAGAUGGCCGUUUCUCCUGGCUGCGUUCAGUGAUAUCCAUAUCAUCGGCCACGCACAAAAGAAUCGGCUUCUGUUCUUUGUCGGCGGCACAGAGGGCACUGAUCAUCGCCAGAGGGAUCCGCAGCUCGGCCCCCCACACGCCAAUGGGUGCGGUCUGCCAUUUGGGGUCGGUCAU